GACCUCUCUUGACUUGACGAAUGUUACACUCAACUCGAUUCAACUCAACUCCAACCAAGCGUCUUCCAUUUCCACAUUCGCAUUUCUAUUUCCGCAACCGAAUCCACCAGCUAUACUAAUUGCUCAACAACACACAUGCUUUGUUUGCUUUGCUUCCCUUUGCAAACACUCACAUUCACAUUCACAUUCACACACUCUCUCUAUUUCUUCAUCUGCUAGCUAGGGCACACUUCUCUCAUUUGCAUUGUAACUGUGAGCUCAGAUUAAGUUUUUAACUUACAUGCAAACGGUUCUGUGAAGAAACGGUUCUGUGAAGUAGAUCCGCGAAACAAUGUCGUCGAGGGUGGGCCCGUCGGAACCGUCGGGGGCGUCGCAGCGGCGGAUCACGCGGACGCAAACCGCCGGGAACCUCGGAGAGGCCAUAUUUGACAGCGAGGUGGUGCCUUCCUCCCUUGUUGAGAUUGCACCCAUUCUUCGUGUUGCCAAUGAGGUUGAGAAGACUCAUCCUAGAGUCGCUUAUCUCUGCCGGUUUUAUGCCUUUGAGAAAGCUCAUAGGUUGGACCCAACUUCAAGUGGUCGUGGUGUUCGGCAAUUCAAAACUGCUCUUCUCCAGCGCCUAGAAAGAGAAAAUGAUCCAACAUUGAAAGGAAGGGUAAAGAAAAGCGAUGCUCGUGAGAUGCAGAGUUUUUAUCAGCACUACUACAAGAAAUAUAUCCAAGCUUUACAGAAUGCUGCUGAUAAAGCUGACCGUGCACAACUAACCAAGGCAUAUCAGACUGCUAAUGUUCUUUUUGAGGUUUUGAAGGCUGUUAACAUGACACAGUCUGUGGAAGUUGAUCGUGAGAUUUUGGAGACUCAAGAUAAAGUUGCUGAGAAAACAGAGAUAUUAGUUCCUUACAAUAUUCUUCCUCUUGAUCCUGAUAGUGCAAAUCAGGCAGUAAUGAGAUUUCCGGAGAUCCAAGCUGCUGUAUCCGCUCUUCGAAACACAAGAGGUCUUGCCUGGCCUAAGGACUACAAGAAAAAAAAGGAUGAAGACAUUCUAGAUUGGCUUGGGGUAAUGUUUGGCUUUCAGAAGCACAAUGUAGCAAAUCAGAGAGAACAUUUGAUCUUAUUGCUUGCAAAUGUGCACAUAAGGCAAUUUCCUAAACCUGAUCAACAACCAAAGUUGGAUGAGCGUGCUCUAACAGAAGUCAUGAAGAAACUUUUCAAGAAUUACAAAAGGUGGUGCAAGUAUUUGGGUCGGAAAAGUAGCCUUUGGUUACCAACCAUACAGCAAGAAGUGCAGCAGCGUAAACUACUGUACAUGGGCCUGUAUCUUCUAAUAUGGGGUGAAGCUGCCAACCUAAGAUUCAUGCCAGAAUGCCUGUGCUAUAUCUAUCACCAUAUGGCUUUUGAAUUGUAUGGUAUGCUUUCUGGUAAUGUUAGUCCAAUGACGGGAGAGAAUAUCAAGCCAGCUUAUGGAGGUGAAGAGGAGGCUUUCUUGGGGAAAGUUGUAACUCCUAUCUAUAAUGUUAUUGCAAAGGAAGCUGAAAGGAGUAAAAAGGGGAGGUCAAAGCAUUCACAAUGGAGGAACUAUGAUGAUUUAAAUGAAUAUUUCUGGUCAGCUGAUUGUUUCCGGCUUGGUUGGCCAAUGCGUGCUGAUGCUGAUUUCUUUUCGCUGCCAGUUGAGCGUCAAGAUUUUGACAAAUCUAAUGAUAACAAGCCAACUAAUUCCGACAGAUGGGUUGGAAAAGUUAACUUUGUUGAGAUAAGGUCAUUUUGGCAUAUUUUCAGAAGUUUUGAUCGCAUGUGGGGCUUCUUCAUUUUGUGCUUACAGGCAAUGAUUAUUGUUGCAUGGAAUGGAACUGGGAAUCCAAGUGCAAUUUUUAAUGGUGAUGUCUUCAAGAAGGUGCUGAGUGUGUUUAUAACAGCAGCCAUAUUGAAGCUUGGACAAGCUACUCUGGAUGUGAUUCUCAGUUGGAAAGCACAGCGAACUAUGUCCAUGCAUGUUAAGUUGAGAUAUAUUCUUAAAAUUAUUUCAGCUGCAGCAUGGGUGAUUGUUCUUUCAGUUACAUAUGCUUACACUUGGGACAAUCCUCCUGGGUUUGCUCAAACCAUCCAAAGUUGGUUUGGGAGCAAUUCAAGUUCGUCUUCUUUGUUCAUUAUGGCUGUUGUUAUAUACUUGUCCCCGAACAUGCUUGCUGCCAUAUUAUUUCUUUUCCCACUUAUUCGUCGUUUUCUUGAGAGGUCAAACUAUAGGAUUGUGAUGCUAAUGAUGUGGUGGUCACAGCCUCGUCUCUAUGUUGGUAGGGGAAUGCAUGAGAGCACUUUGUCCCUUUUCAAGUACACAAUGUUUUGGGUCCUCUUAUUGAUCACAAAGUUAGCGUUCAGCUACUAUAUAGAGAUAAAGCCUCUGGUGGGACCUACAAAAGCUAUAAUGGGUGUAAAAAUCUCGAAAUUCCAGUGGCAUGAAUUCUUUCCCCAUGCUCGAAAUAACGUUGGUGUUAUAAUUGCACUUUGGGCUCCAAUUAUUCUGGUAUACUUUAUGGAUACCCAGAUUUGGUAUGCCAUAUUUUCUACUUUAUUUGGUGGUAUUUAUGGAGCAUUCCGUCGCCUCGGGGAGAUAAGGACACUAGGAAUGCUCAGAUCCCGUUUUGAAUCAUUGCCUGGAGCCUUCAAUGCUUGUUUGAUCCCCGAGGAAAAGAGUGAGCAAAGGAAAAAAGGACUGAAAGCUACUUUUUCGCGCAGAUUUGAUCAGAUUCCAUCUAACAAAGGUAAAGAGGCUGCAAGAUUUGCUCAGUUGUGGAACCAAAUAAUCACUAGUUUCAGAGAGGAAGAUCUUAUCAGUAAUAGAGAAAUGGACCUUUUGCUUGUACCUUAUUGGGCUGAUCGUGAGUUGGACCUUAUACAAUGGCCACCAUUCUUACUUGCGAGCAAGAUUCCAAUCGCAGUGGAUAUGGCCAAAGACAGCAAUGGAAAGGAUAAAGAGCUGAGGAAAAGGAUAGAGGCUGACAACUAUAUGUCUUGUGCUGUUCGGGAGUGCUAUGCUUCAUUUAAGAGCAUUAUUAAGUACCUGGUUCAGGGGGACCGUGAGAAACAGGUUAUAGAAUCCAUUUUCUCUGAGGUAGACAAACAUAUAGAAGAAGGUGACCUAAUAAGUCAAUUCAGACUAAAUGCACUUCCUAGUCUCUACCGGCAGUUUGUUGAGCUAAUCAAAUAUUUGAUAGACAAUAAGCAUGAAGAAAGGGACCAAGUUGUGAUUCUCUUCCAGGACAUGCUAGAAGUAGUGACGAGAGAUAUAAUGUUGGAGGAUCAUAUAUCCAGUUUGGUAGAAUCAAUCCAUGGUGGAGCUGGACAUGAGGGGAUGCUUGCCCUUGAGUCACAACAUCAGCUGUUUGCUUCUGAAGGAGCUAUUAGGUUUCCAAUUCAACCAGUUACUGAAGCUUGGACAGAGAAGCUUAAACGGCUUUACUUGCUGCUUACAACCAAAGAAUCUGCAAUGGACGUACCAUCUAAUUUGGAAGCCAAAAGGCGUAUUUCUUUUUUCUCUAAUUCACUGUUUAUGGACAUGCCUGCAGCACCCAAAGUCCGCAACAUGCUAUCAUUCUCGGUUUUAACACCAUAUUACACUGAAGAGGUUCUCUUUUCCUUACGUGAGUUGGAAUCACCCAAUGAAGAUGGUGUUUCGAUACUCUUUUACUUGCAAAAGAUCUUUCCAGACGAAUGGAACAACUUCCUUCAGAGAGUGAAUUGUUCCAGUGAGGAGGAACUGAAAGGAAAUGAAUCGGAUGAGUUAGAAGAAGAACUUCGUCUCUGGGCUUCAUACAGAGGCCAAACUUUGACUAAAACUGUAAGAGGCAUGAUGUACUACAGAAAGGCUUUGGAACUCCAGGCUUUCCUUGACAUGGCAAAAGAUGAAGAUUUGAUGGAAGGCUAUAAAGCCAUAGAAAAUUCAGACAACAAUGCAACGGGUGAAAGGUCAUUGUUGACGCAAUGUCAAGCAGUAGCAGAUAUGAAAUUCUCAUAUGUAGUAUCAUGCCAACAAUAUGGGAUUGACAAGCGAUCUGGUGCUGCUCGUGCUCAAGACAUAUUGAGGCUUAUGACAAGAUACCCUUCACUUCGGGUUGCUUACAUUGAUGAGGUUGAGGAACCUAGCAAAGAGAGGCCAAAAAAGAUCAACAAGGUUUAUUACUCUUGUUUAGUGAAGGCAAUGCCAAAAUCCAGUAAUCCUUCAGAGACAGAGCCAGUGCAGUAUUUAGACCAGGUAAUAUAUAAAAUAAAGCUUCCUGGACCAGCUAUUUUGGGUGAGGGUAAGCCUGAAAAUCAGAACCAUGCCAUAAUUUUCACACGUGGAGAAGGCUUGCAAACAAUAGAUAUGAACCAGGACAACUAUAUGGAAGAAGCUUUGAAAAUGAGAAAUUUAUUGCAAGAAUUUCUUAAGAAGCAUGAUGGUGUGAGGUACCCAAGUAUUCUUGGACUCAGGGAGCAUAUAUUUACUGGAAGUGUUUCUUCACUUGCAUGGUUCAUGUCAAAUCAGGAGACCAGUUUUGUUACAAUUGGUCAGAGAUUGUUGGCUAAUCCCCUGAAGGUUCGCUUCCACUAUGGUCAUCCUGAUGUCUUUGAUAGGCUUUUUCACCUCACAAGAGGGGGUGUUAGCAAAGCCUCCAAGGUUAUCAAUCUGAGCGAAGAUAUUUUUGCUGGCUUUAACUCUACACUCCGUGAAGGAAAUGUCACUCAUCAUGAGUACAUUCAAGUUGGGAAGGGGAGAGAUGUUGGACUCAACCAGAUUUCUAUGUUUGAAGCAAAGAUAGCUAAUGGCAAUGGAGAGCAAACACUGAGUCGAGAUGUGUACCGACUUGGGCAUCGUUUUGAUUUCUUCAGAAUGCUGUCUUGUUAUUUCACCACAGUUGGAUUUUACUUCAGUACACUUAUUACUGUUCUUACUGUAUAUGUAUUCCUCUAUGGUCGCCUAUAUCUGGUUCUCAGUGGGCUUGAAGAAAGUUUGAGUACACAGAAAGCCAUUCGUGACAAUAAGCCUCUUCAAGUGGCUCUGGCUUCUCAGUCGUUUGUUCAAAUAGGGUUUUUGAUGGCCUUGCCCAUGCUAAUGGAAAUUGGCUUGGAAAAGGGCUUUAGAACUGCACUUAGUGAGUUCAUAUUAAUGCAGUUGCAGCUAGCUCCAGUAUUCUUCACAUUCUCGCUUGGGACAAAGACUCACUAUUAUGGAAGGACGUUACUUCAUGGAGGUGCAAAAUAUAGACCUACAGGUCGAGGUUUUGUGGUUUUCCAUGCCAAAUUUGCAGACAACUAUAGACUUUACUCACGCAGCCACUUUGUCAAGGGUAUUGAGCUCAUGAUUUUGCUGGUAGUGUACCAAAUUUUUGGUCAUACUUAUAGAAGUGGGGUUGCCUAUCUCUUCAUCACUGUGUCGAUGUGGUUUAUGGUGGGCACUUGGCUUUAUGCACCCUUCUUGUUCAAUCCUUCUGGGUUUGAGUGGCAAAAGAUUGUUGAUGAUUGGACUGAUUGGAAUAAAUGGAUUAGCAUCCGAGGUGGCAUAGGCGUACCACCUGAGAAAAGUUGGGAGUCCUGGUGGGAGGAGGAACAAGAUCAUCUCCAAUAUUCGGGAACACGGGGAAUCAUAGCUGAGAUAUUGUUAUCUCUGCGCUUCUUUAUCUAUCAAUAUGGUCUUGUUUAUCACCUAAAUUUUACAAAAACAAAAAGUAUUCUGGUGUAUGGCAUAUCAUGGUUGGUGAUCUUUUUAUUUUUAUCUGUGGUGAAGGUGGUAUCUGUUGGGAGGAGAAAAUUCAGCGCAGAUUUUCAACUUGUCUUCCGGCUAAUCAAAGGAUUGAUAUUCGUGACUUUUGUAUCAGUUCUGGCCCUCUUAAUUGCCCUUCCUCAUAUGACAAUCCAGGACAUUGUUGUUUGCAUUCUUGCUUUCAUGCCAACCGGUUGGGGAAUGCUACAGAUUGCACAAGCAUUAAAGCCUCUAGUACGGAAAGCUGGAUUUUGGGGCUCAGUAAAAACUCUUGCACGUGGCUACGAGAUUGUAAUGGGUUUGCUUUUGUUCACUCCCAUUGCAUUUCUUGCUUGGUUUCCAUUUGUUUCGGAAUUUCAGACACGUAUGCUGUUCAACCAAGCAUUCAGCCGAGGCUUGCAAAUUUCUCGCAUUCUUGGAGGCCAAAGGAAGGGGCGCUCUUCUCGUAACAAGGAAUAAUCUUCUCUUUCUUCUGCACAGAGCUUUCCCAUGCAUGCAUGCAUGCAACCACGCCUCUUGUGCAAUGUUUUUGUAGCCAUUGUAUUGUAAUCGAAGUAGCUGUUAUUAAGAAUGGGAGGGAUACUAGGCCUCAAUUUUGUUGCUGGCAUUUGAUUAUUGCCAAAAGCCCAAAACUAAUUAGUGAGUGUUCAUUCAAUUUAAAUUUGUCUUUCCUAA